AUGUGCUUCUUGAUCACAUGGUAUGGCUCUGGUUUUUAUCACGAGGAUAAAAAAUGCAAGGCGAUUCUGGUGUCGUUCCUGGUGGCACUGUUAUUUCAAUUCCUGAUUUUCGAUCCAAUAAGAUUUGUGGUACUUGCCGUUGACGCGGCCUGUUGGCCUAAGCUGCAGCGCCCGUUUGUGCCGGACGAGACUGCGAGGAAGCACAACCGCAUGGAUUAUCUGAAUCUGCGACUACGCAGCCUGCGCAGUCAGCUAAUGAUCACGGAGGGACAUCGCAACGAGGAGCUGAACCUCAAGUACAGGACCAUUGUCUCCGAGCUGGGAGUGUACGGAAAGGUCUUCCUUAUACACUUGGUCUUAAUUGUGGCGCUGGACGAGUCCAGGUACCACCACUGGGACACCAUCACAAACCUGAUUACGUAUAGUCACAAAGAUUCGAUUGGCGUUAGUCACCUUAUGUUUUUGCAUCAACUGUACCCCUUCAUCCAUCACACGCUGAUCAAUGGCUUCCUGUCAAACGAUCAUCAUUUGACUGAUACAAAAUACACCGAGAAGGAAUACUCCGAUGGCUGGAGCCUGCCUUAUGUACGCGAACCCUACACCGACAAGUACUGGUCCAUCUUUCUGCCAUGGCUGCCAAUGAGACAGAGAUACUCGUUCUUCGAGAAAUUGGUCAUUGACAUUAGGAGGCACGGGUUCUUUUCAAGCUAUCCCGAGCUGAAGGGCUACAUAGUGACGUUGCGGCAUACCAGAAAGGACAGCAUGAAGGUGCUCACGUAUCUAUACGAAAACAAUUGGCUCGACAAUUUGACCGCCGCCGUCUUCUUCGACUUCACGCUCUACAAUACGGAUGCGGAUUACUUCAGUGUGUGCAGCAUACUGAUGGAGAAUUUGCCCUAUGGCAUCAUCCGCAGCAGCGUGGAUGUCAACACUGUAUCCAUGACGAAGACGCCGGAGACCCUCGGAACGGCAGUGAUUGUGCCCUUGUGGUUUGAGCCCAAACGAUUGAGAACGUUCUGGGUGAAGGUGGACCUGCUGAUCCUUAUGCUGAGCAUAGCAGUUAUCAGCAUGAUGAGUAUGAAGGCGAACAUUGUCGGCAAUCUAAUGAAAAUAUUAGAGGUUGCCAGCACGCAUGAUUUCAUUGACUUCCGGGUGCCAGCGCGCCUUAACGACUGGAAAAACAUUUUUAUGGGCUUCCUCGUCUGCCUGAUCACGUUGCGGCUGUGGAAAGUGAUGCAGUUUGCCAGCAUCUUUCAGAUCUUUACGAUGACCCUGUCCUUGGCCUCGAAUGCGCUCCUCAGCACGGGCUUUGUGAUUUGCAUUUUCAUGAUGGGAUUCGGCAUUGCCACGGUCUGCAUCAAUGGCAACAACAAUGAGAACUUCAGGAGCCUGAUCAACGCCUUGGCCUCCAUCAUGUGCUUCUCCUUUGGCUUCACCAGCCACGUCGACCCCAGCGAUCUGUUCAGCGGCGGCGAAAUAGUGGGCAUACUGAUCUACGCCAUAAUGUCCUUCACUGUUGCCAUCCUGCUGACGAACGUGUUCGUGUCGAUACUCAGCAACUUCUUUACCGCAGCCAAGGCAGUCCGCGAUCGUAACCGCAAGGAUCAGAUCACAUUCUGGGAGUUCCUUCGCGUCGAGUAUGCCGACACCAUCAGGGUCGUACGCUCAACAUUUGGCUGUGAGCCCAGCUACAGGCGCAAGAACCGCACCGUGGCUGAGAACAUCAAGAACGAACUGGACCUGAGGGAAGCUGCAGCUGCUUCAGCACGUUUCAAGCGGGGACGACACCAUGUUGUGAAAUCCAAGUUGGUAACUAUGCUUGAAGCCGAGGAACGUGAGCGCAAGGCGCAGGCCCAGCACAGGAAACGCAUAUCCAGGACCUACACGAUAGCAGCUAUUCUCCAGACCUAG